AUGGCUAUGCAUCAAACAUUUCUAGUGCACUUGAUGGUGCAUUUGGUAGAAGAAGUUAGACUUGGUGGCCCCGUUCACUACCGGUGGAUGUACCCCAUGGAGAGACCGGCUAGAAAUCCCGAACCUUCAGGCAAUAUGAAAGAUAUGUACAUGUUUGAGAGUGCUGGAGAACCAAUUGGAAAAGCUACUGUAAGCCAUUUUGAUAGCCAGCUUCUUAUUCAGGCACAUCGAUACGUGUUGCGACACUGCGAUGAACUUGAAGAAUUCCGCAAAGAGUUUGUGGAUGAGGAGAAAGGAAAAUCGUGUCCUUCAACUACUUUGACUCUGGCUUCCAUCGAUAAGUUGAUAGACCAGCACUUCCCUGACUGGUUGGAACAGAAGGUUAUCCUAGGUGAUGGACUAGGAAUCACUAAAAAAGUUCGAGCUUUGGCUGCCAAACCGAGCAGACAUGGUGUGAGAUACAGCGGCUAUAUUAUUAAUGGUUUCAGGUUCCACACACUAAGUCGUGAGGCUGCAAGGUCGACACAAAAUAGUGGUGUAGUGAACAUUGCAGAAGAUGGGGUUAAUUAUUAUGGCAGAUUAACAGAUAUAUAA